UGGGAGGUUGGAGGUGAGCUCGAGGGUGCGCACGGACAUCUGGACAGCUGGACAGCUGGACCCCGCACGAAAUAAGGUUGGCGAGUCAGGAUGCUCCCUGCACAAGCGUUGGUGUACGCGAUAACAAACGUCAACAAUUGAUCAAGGGAUAAAUGCCAUCAGCUCGGCUUCAGGCCGUUCAGGAAUUGAUCAAUGUCCUUGCGAACCAUGUACGAGAAGGAACCGUAUCGUCAACGAGUAUCCUGCCUCAACUUCAGACCCUAAAAGUCCUUGGUCGUGAACCAUCCAACUGCGGUCCAAUUUGUGCACAAAUCGGUAUCUCCACCCUCAAGUCAAUCGGCCUCCCUGACGGCCAACCAACUCCAUCCUCACUGGAAGCACUACGAUGUCUCGCAAACGCACUCCUCCUACAUCCACCAGCGCGGGUUACAUAUGUCGAAGAGGGAGGGAUCGAGAACACACUGAAGCGUUAUGAGGUUUGGGACUUCAUACCACUACCUAUUGGGUCAGCUAAUUCGUGUCUCGAACAGUCUGCAGACAUCGACGAAGAAUUCCUUCUCGGCCGGAUAUUGUUCCUAGUGACAGCAAGUUCGGGACCGGUCAUUGGGGAGAUGAUGGAGAGGGCGGUGGUACAGACUGCCAUCGUGAAUCAUCUGGAACGAGCAUCAGAAACGGACGUCCAGGAACUGCAGAUGGCGGCGAUGGCGUUAGCGGAGACUCUGAAGUUGUUGUUUAACCUCGCGAAGAACGAGCCAGAAAGGGUAUCAACGUUACAAAGGUGCACCCUCCCCCCUCUCCUCCGCCUUCUCCGGAACCUACGGCACUCCUCCGGCCCUCCAACCGCUCCACUCUCACACGUUAUCGAUGCCCUCUUUGGGUUGACACCGUCAGAGGCGGUAUAUCAGCGUCCUGAAAAUGUCAAGAGGAUGAUCGACAUCCUCGACCUCUCCCUUAGGUUAAUCGACAUCAAGAACCUCGACUCCAACACUUCCGCCACAUUAGACAAAGGCCUCACCCCACUCCUCGGGCUGCUCAAUAACGUCGCUUCUGGCGCACCUGAAGAUAUUCGCGAGUAUAUCAAGUCGAGAUUGUUGCCGAGUACGGAAGAGCGCAAGAACCCGCUGGGAAAGGGAGACGGGCUGAAUGCGAAGAUGAUCCAGCUCAUGGGUGCGGGAGUCGGAGUGGAGAAUGUGAAGGAGUGUGUUGGUGGUCUAUUAUAUGGAUUGAGUGACAGCAACGCUACAAAGUUCAUCCAAAACAUCGGCUACGGUAACGCCGCCGGAUUUCUCCUCAACCACGGUAUCGCGACCCCCGCCCUCUCCGACCUCCCUCAAUCUUCUUCUGAAUCAGUGAACCCGAUUACUGGACAACUCGUAUCCGAGGAAGAGAAAAUCAAGUUGGGGGAUAUGACAGAUGAGGAAAAAGAGAGGGAAGCGGAGAGGUUGUUUGUGUUGUUUGAGAGGUUGAGGAAGACGGGGGUUGUAGAUGUGCAGAAUCCUAUACGGGAGGCUGUUGAGAGCGGGAGGCUUAGCGAAAUGUAGUCACCCUAAUCUAGACAUUCAACAAUGGAGAUGGAAUGAUGGGUAUAUUCUACAUCUGCGUAGCCGUUACUGGACGUAUUUCCUCCAGUUAUGUUCCUCCUUGAAUCCCAGGACGUCUCGGAUCUUACGAUUGGACAGGGGUGCCUCCCA